AUGCAAGAUUUCCCACCACAGAAUAUUUCAUAUACAACUUUUAAGCUAAAUGGCUUUCUGGCUUUGGGAGAAUGGAGACCUAUAUUAUCCAUACCCUAUUUCAUUAUGUUUUUAUUGUCUUGUCUAUCAAACUCUAUUAUGAUAUAUUUAAUUGUAUCUCAGAAAACUCUGCACUCUCCAAUGUAUGUACUAAUAGGUUUUAUGAGUGUUGUGGACUUGUGUUGGCCAAUAUGUUUUGUACCAAGUUUGUUGCUCAACUUUUUAUUUGAAUGGAAUGGCAUUUCUCUAGUGAGCUGUUUACUACAAAUGUUUUGCAUUCAGCUUCUUGGUGCAUUUCAGUCUACUGUAUUGGUGUGGAUGGCUCUAGAUCGGUUCUUUGCUAUAUGCAGACCACUUUAUUAUCACAAACACAUGGAAUUCCACAGCUUUCUAAAAUGUAUUAUUGUGCCAGUCACUAGAAAUUUAUUACUGAAUAUCAUAAUGAUCUCUUUGGCUGGGAAAUUGAAUUUCUGUGCAAUAAAUGAGAUAGAUCACUGUUUUUGUGAACACAUGGGAUUGGUUCAGUUGGCAUGUGGAGAUAUUUCUAUUAAUAACCUAAUUGGCCUUGUAUCUACUUUUCUUAUACCAACAUCAGAUUUUCUUUUCAUUACUGCAUCAUAUAUAAUAAUAUUUGCUUCUGUCAUGAAAUCAGGAAAAUCCCACUUGAAGGCUCUCAAUACUUGUAUUACACAUAUUAUUGUCAUGACAGUUAAUUUAGCAUUUGCCUUGAUUGCAUUUAUGUCAUACAGAAUAAGAAAUAAUAUUUCUCCCGGUGUUCGUGUCUUUCUGAGUACAAUGUAUAUACUAUUCCCAAGUUGUUUUAAUCCAAUUAUUUAUGGAGUAAGAACAACUGAAAUAAGAAAACAGUUUCUUAAAUUCGUGAACAAUAUGAAAGUCUUACCACAGUAA